CCUCAGAACAACAACUACGACUGCCCCCUUCCGGAGGAAGAGACCAACCCCAAGGGCAGCGGCUGGCUGUACCAUUCAGAUGCCAUCCGCACCUACCUGAACCUCAUGAGCAAGAGCAAGAAAGACGCCACCUUGGAGGCCUGCGCUGGUGCCCUGCAGAACCUGACCGCCAGCAAGGGGCUGAUGUCCAGCGGCAUGAGCCAGUUGAUCGGGCUCAAGGAAAAGGGCUUGCCACAAAUUGCUCGCCUCCUGCAAUCUGGCAACUCUGAUGUGGUGCGGUCCGGAGCCUCCCUCCUGAGCAACAUGUCCCGCCACCCAGUGCUGCACCGAGCCAUGGGGAACCAAGUGUUCCCAGAGGUGACCAGGCUCCUCACCAGUCACACUGGGAAUACCAGCAACUCGGAAGACAUCCUGUCCUCGGCCUGCUACACUGUGAGGAACCUGAUGGCCUCCCAGCCUCAGAUGGCCAAGCAGUACUUCACCAGCAGCAUGGUCAACAACGUCAUCAACCUGUACCGCAGCAGUGCCUCACCCAAGGCUGCAGAAGCUGCCCGCCUCCUCCUGUCUGACAUGUGGUCCAGCAAGGAACUGCAGGGCGUCCUCAGACAGCACGGCUUGGAUAGGAACAUGCUGGGAACCUUAGCCGGGCCCAACAGCCUCAGGAACUUCACCUCCCGAUUCUAAGAAGGGGCUGCCCAAGCAAGUACAGAUUGCAGAAAUGAUAUGAUCCAGCUGAGAAGACCUCAGGCCUUGCUGGAGGGGUGAUUCUGCCCACCCUGUGCAGUGUUUGGAAAAGUUCAAAUGCAACUGAAAGCAAACCUGAAAACUGUGGAUGAUGGAAAUAUUUUUAGAUUUUUUUUUUCCUUGGGGGAACUGGCAGGCAA